GAGGAGCUGAACCCCCAGGUCUCCCAAGGACCCCUUUCCCCAGGAAACAUGAACAGGAAAGACAGCAAGAGGAAGUCUCAUCAGGAAUGCUCGGGGAAGACAGGAGGGCAGGGGCGGCUUCGACCAGCCCGACGCCACAAGACCUGCCCCAGUCCCAGAGAAAUCAGCAAGGUCAUGGCUUCCAUGACUCUGGGCGUGCUGAGUGAGAACAGCUGCAGUGAAGAUGAGCUGCUGGAGAAAUGCAUCCAGUCCUUCGACUCAACUGGCAACCUCCGACGUGGGGACCACAUUCUCAAUAUGGUGCUGGCCAUGCACAACUGGGUACUACCUUCUGUUGAGUUUGCUGGUCGUCUGUUGACUUCAUACCAGAAGGCCACAGAAGACACACAGCAGCAGAGGCAGCUGCAGAUCUGCUACCUGGUCAGGUACUGGCUGAACAAGCAUCCAGAAGCUUUGCACCAGGAGCCCCAGUUAGAAGAAGUCAUAGGUCGCUUCUGGGCCAAGGUGGCCCAGGAGGGGACCUCUGCCCAAAGGAACCUGGGAGACGACACCCACCUCCUGAGCCCUGGUGGCCCUGGCCCCCCUCCUCUCAUGAGCAGCCCAGGCCUGGGAAAAAAGCGCAAAGUAUCCUUGCUUUUUGACCACCUGGAGACAGAGGAGCUGGCUCAACAUCUCACAUACUUAGAGUUCCGGUCCUUCCAGGCUAUCACGCCGCAGGACCUGCGGGGCUACGUUUUACAGGGUUCUGUGAGAGACUGCCCGGCUCUGGAAGGUUCUGUUGGUCUGAGUAACAGCGUGUCCCGCUGGGUGCAGGUCAUGGUACUGAGCCGUCCUGGGCCUGCACAGCGUGCACAGGUGCUGGAAAAGUUCAUUCUCGUAGCUCAGAGGCUCCGCCACCUGCAGAAUUUCAACACACUGAUGGCGGUCACCGGAGGCCUGUGUCAUAGUGCCAUCUCCCGACUCAAGGACUCCCACACCCACCUGAGCCCUGACAGCACCAAGGCCCUGCUGGAACUGACCGAGCUCCUGGCCUCCCACAACAACUAUGCAUGUUACCGCCGCACCUGGGCUGGCUGCACGGGCUUCCGGCUGCCUGUUCUUGGUGUGCAUCUGAAGGACCUGGUGUCUCUGCACGAGGCCCAGCCUGACAGGUUGCCAGAUGGCCGCCUGCACCUGCCCAAGCUGAACAGCCUCUACCUGAGACUGCAGGAUCUGGCUGCCCUCCAGAGACAGCACCCCCCCUGCAGUGCCAAUGAGGACCUGCUACACCUACUCACCCUUUCCCUGGAUCUCUUCUACACAGAGGAAGAAAUCUAUGAGCUUUCUUAUGCCCGGGAGCCUCGCUGUCCCAAGAGCCUGUCCCUGUCCCCUUUCAAAGCACCUCUGGUGGUGGAAUGGGCUCCUGGUGUAAAGCCCAAGCCGGACCAGAUCACCUUGGGUCGCCAUGUGGAGCAGUUGGUUGAGUCUGUGUUCAAGAAUUUCGACCCUGAAGGCCAGGGCACCAUCUCUCAAGAGGACUUUGAGCGCCUCUCAGGCAACUUCCCCUUUGCCUGCCACGGGCUUCACCCUCCUCCCCGCCAGGGGAGUGGCUCCUUCAGCCGAAAGGAGUUGACAGAGUAUCUGCUGCAUGCUAGUGCUAUCUGCUCGAAGCUGGGCCUAGCCUUCCUGCACACCUUCCAUGAGGUCACCUUCCGCAAGCCAGCCUUCUGUUACAGCUGCAGUGGCAUACUCUGGGGUGUCACCAAACAAGGCUACCGCUGUCAGGACUGUGGUCUGUGUUGUCACAGACACUGCAGGGACCAAGUGAAGGUGGAAUGUAAGAAGAGGCCAGGGGUCAAGGGUGACAUGGGUACCCAGGAAGCCCCCAUUCCAGCCAUACCAAUUCCUCAUGCCAGAUGUGGCUCCCAGGAAAGUCUGGACCCUAACGCUAGAUGCCACCGUCGCCAUGCUUGGACACAGACCGAGUCUUCCCAGUCUUCCUGGGAGUCAGAGAUGGUCCCCUUACCAGCAAGAGUUCCAUCAUCCAUGCCAUCUUCCAAGCUAGAUUCCUAGACAUCAUCCGGGGAUUUUCUUACCACCGCUCCCCUCCCCUCCCACAAAGGCACUGCCUCAGCCCACCCACACAGCCUUUGAUAAAGCAUCCAUCAUCCCUUACCCAAAGUUCUUUCCUUCAAAUUUCCUGUCUCACUGAUUUUCCCUGCACAGAAUCUGUGCAGUUCUGUAUUCAAAGCACUCAAACUUAGCUAUCUUUCUAAUGUCCACUUCACAGGUAUGGAGACUGAGGCUUGGUGCAUUCAAGCUGCCAGUCCAGGGCCUGGGAGGCAAAACCCAAUCCCUUGCCCUCUAAAAUUGGAGCUCUGGACUCUUGUUCCACGCAGACAAUUGGAAUAUAUUGGGAGGGACCGGGAUGAAGGUGUGCAGUUGAACAUAGGAGCGAUCUGGGAAGAAGGUCACAGCUCUAUCCUGCUCAGAGGCCACCUGCAACUCCUCUCAGGGUCAAAGCUGGUCCUCACAGUAGCCCAGAAAGCCCUGUGAAAUCUGCCCCACCCCCACCUCUCUGACCUCAUCAAUCGUCUUUCCCAUCCAGCAGUAGUUAAACUGACCUUGCUGUUCUUCAGAUAAGCUCCAAAUUGCCUACCUCAGGACCAUUGCACUGGCUGUUCCCUUUUCCUGGAACACUCUUCCCAGAGCCCUACAUGGCUCCCUCUCUGGGACUUUGCUCAAGUGAUAACCCCUUGAUAAGGACCUCUCUGACCUCAGGAGAUGCGGCCCUUGCCCCAGUUCUGGCCUUCCAGAUUCAUGUUUCCCUAUAGCACUUUUGUCCUCUGACAAACUAUACUUUUCACUUAUUUAUCAUGUUAAAUGUCUGUCCCUCCUUUCUGGAAAUGUCAGUUCCAGGAAGGGGGUGGGGCUUGUACUGGUGGUGUCUUCCACUUCCACUGCUGGGUCCCUGGGGCUCAAAACAAGUCUGGCACAAUGUGGGCACCAGAGAAGUGUUCAUGCCCACUGGAAGGGAAGGGGGUA